GCUCACCACAGAGCCUUGUAACAUCAUCAGACAGAAGCUUGUACAUCAGAAACAUGAGUGCUGAGCGUUUUGACUGUCACUAUUGCAAGACCUCUCUACUGGGCAAACAAUAUAUCUUAAGAGAGGAAACCCAGUACUGCACCAAGUGCUAUGAGAACCUGUUUGCCAACUGCUGUGAAGACUGUGGGAAGCCAAUCGGGUGCAACUGCAAGGAUCUGUCAUACAAGGACCGCCACUGGCACGAACAGUGCUUCAAGUGUGCUCAGUGCAGCAAGGCUUUAGUGGAAAAGCUCUUUGCUGCCAAGGAUGAGCUCCUUCUUUGCACAGAUUGCUAUUCUCAAGAGUACUCCUCCAAAUGCUUUACCUGCAAGAAGACCAUCAUGCCAGGUUCCCGCAAAAUGGAGUACAGGGGAAAUUCUUGGCAUGAAACCUGCUUCUUGUGUCAUCGCUGUCAGCAGCCAAUAGGAACCAAGUCUUUUAUUCCGAAAGAUAAUGGUUACUUUUGUGUGCCAUGCUUUGAGAAGCAGUUUGCUUACCAGUGCAACUCCUGUAAAAAAGCCAUAACAACUGGUGGGGUGACUUACCAUGACAAGCCCUGGCACAGGGAGUGCUUCCUGUGUACUGGGUGUAAGAAGCAGCUGGCAGGGCAGCGCUUUACCUCCAGAGAUGAGUUUUCUUACUGCCUGGAUUGCUUCAGCAGCCUCUAUGCAAAGAAGUGUGUGGGCUGCACCAAGCCCAUCACAACAGGCCUGGCUGGCGUGAAGUACAUCUCGUUUGAAGAGCGGCAGUGGCACACCGAGUGCUUCACCUGUAUGAAGUGCUCCGUGUCUCUGGUUGGACGAGGAUUCCUCACGCACCGGGAUGAUACCCUGUGCACAGAUUGUGGACGAGAGAAAUAGAUGCAGAAGUCUAGAUCUUUUUCCAGAAGGGUUUAUUGAGUGAUGUAGUCUUGGUUAUGCAACAUAUGGACUAAACUUUAACUUGUGUGCUAAUUUUUUUUUUUUUUUUGUAGAAUGUGCACUUUCAAACUAGGACAAUGUCAAAAUCUUGUGUUUUCAAAAGAGUAUAACUCACUGAAAUCACAGAGAAUAUGUACCAAAAAGCAGUGUAUCAUAUUACAGUAAUUGUGUUUGUUUUGCAGCCAGUCCAUACAAAUGUACCAAAAUGCAUAUUUUAUUUUGCAGCUAUUCUAGUGAAUGAGCUUCUCCCACAAUAUAUAUAUAUAUAUAUA